CUCAGCCUCAUCAUCAUAUUUUAUCUGCCUUCUCAUCCUUAUCUUACAGCCAUUCUCUCUUUCUUUUUCUCCAAAACCAAGUGCUCUCUGCUGCAGAAAAAACAAGAAGGGAAGGGGAAGAAACUUAAAGACCAUUUUUUGUUUUCUCUAUAACUUGAUCAUAGCUAUGGCAUUUGCCGGAACAACCCAAAAGUGCAUGGCCUGUGACAAAACUGUCUAUCUGGUUGACAAAUUAACUGCAGAUAACAGAAUCUAUCACAAAGCUUGUUUCAGAUGCCAUCACUGCAAGGGCACUCUCAAGCUUGGCAACUACAAUUCCUUUGAAGGAGUUCUUUACUGUAGACCACACUUUGAUCAGCUCUUCAAACAGACUGGCAGUUUGGAUAAAAGCUUUGAAGGGACACCAAAAAUUGUGAAGCCACAGAAACCUAUUGACAGUGAGAAACCACAGGUAGCUAAAGUGACAAGCAUGUUUGGUGGAACAAGGGAGAAAUGUUUUGGCUGCAAGAAAACUGUCUAUCCAACAGAAAAGGUACAAGUUAAUGGUACACCAUACCACAAGAGCUGCUUCAAAUGUAGCCAUGGAGGUUGUACAAUCAGCCCUUCCAACUAUAUCGCACAUGAAGGGCGCCUCUACUGUAAACAUCACCAUAUUCAACUUAUCAAGGAGAAAGGCAACUUAAGCAAGCUUGAGGGUGACCAUGAGACGAUUCCCGUGAUAACAACAGAAGUUACUGCAGAAUCAUAAAGAGCCAACCCAGUUGAUCGUUGAUUAGCUUUCCGCUAUCAGGUCUUACAUGUCUGCUAUAUUCAAGAAUCUGAAGCCUUCUUCAGCUUGCAUUAAUGCACUUCCUUCCACAGCCUAUGCUUUUUCUCAUCUGCUUCCAUUAAAUUGAUGCUGAACUAUAAUCUACUUCUGUGUGAAGAUUUUUGACCUUUGUUUCUUGUGCUUCACUUUUAUUGUGUGGGUGUUAAAUGAGAUUGAAUAUAAUACAGCUUUGCCUAUCCAA